AUGGCCGCUAAAAUGUCAGUACGAAGCCAAUUGCACUUUAACAACAUCACCCAUACUGACCAAAUCAGCUUCGUUUUCGGUAGCAUCAACGGUCAGCUCCAGUCUGCGUUCAGCAAACUAUCGACGUUGCACGCCAAGAAUGUUUUCAGCUUCGCAAUUGUCACUGGUAAUUUAUAUGGUGAAGGCCAAGAUGAUGAUCAGCUCACUGCCCUUCUAGCCGGCAAAAUUCAGAUUCCGUGCCCGACCUACUUCACUGUCGGGACAGUCCCACUACCCGCACAAGUCAUUGAGCGAAUCGAAAAGGAUGAGGAGAUCGCACCAAAUCUUCAUUACCUGGGCAAGCGGAGCGUUACCAAGACCUCGGAAGGUGUUCGGAUUGUUACUCUGGGUGGAUUGCUUGAUCCUGCCGUCGUCGCGGGUCAGUCCAAGGAACAGUAUCUGCCCUUCCACACCGAAGGUGACAUCAAGUCUUUGCGCGGCGCCAACAAUGGCGACAUUCUCCUCACCACAGUGUGGCCAUCCGAUGUAUGGAAGAACAGCGCGAAAGCACGAGAGCAGAACCUUACCACGGAAGCCAUUUCUUCCAGCCAGGCAAUCGCCGACCUUUGCGCCCAUCUCAAGCCCCGCUAUCAUUUCACCAUGUCUCCGGACAACUUCGCAUUUGAGCGCGAGCCCUUUUUUCCCGAAUCAAGAGGAGAGGAGGAUAAGGACAAGGGACUGGACGUGACACGGUUUAUUUCACUUGCUCCAUGGGCCAACACGGCCAGGGCGAAGUCGAUGUACGCUUUCACCCUUAACAGAGAAACGGUCGUGUCGCCUCCCGUAGGAAGCACCCUCACGCCCUUUUAUAAGCCAGCUGCCGCUGCACAGAAACGUACAGCUGACGAAGCCGGCUUUUCGCGCUUCGCAAACGGAAAUCACGAGGGCGACCGCAGGCGUCGCAAGCACCAGCGACGCGAACGCUCUCCUCCACCCGGACCGGAAAGGUGUUUCUUUUGCUUGUCGAACCCCAAUCUGCCCACGCACAUGAUCUGCAGCAUCGGCGAGGAGGCAUAUCUUGCAACUGCGAAGGGGCCCCUACCUUCCGCUGAAACAUUCAAGUCGCAGGGUCUUGACUUCCCAGGUCAUCUCAUCAUUACGCCCACCCCGCACAUCCCUUCUUUGAACGUCGCGGCUCUUGCCGACAGCGGCGAAGAUGUCAAGAAAACCUUCAAGGAGAUGACGCGCUUCCGCGAGUCGCUGCAGGGCAUGGUUUCGAAGCAGUCCAAGGGAAAGCUCGGUGCCGUUACCUGGGAGAUCAACCGCGCGAGGAAUAUUCACGUCCACUGGCAAUUCAUGCCGGUGCCUGUGGAGAUGGUUCGCAAGGGGUUGGUGGAGGCCGGUUUUCAGAUCUUGGCGAAGGAUACUAAUAUAGGAAAGUUUAUUUCGAAGGAAUUUCAGACGGCCGAUGAGGUUCCUGGCGACUAUCUCCGUGUUUGGAUCUGGGCAGAGGAGGAGGGCGACGCGGAAAAGGGUGGCGCAGAGGGCGGCCAGGUGAUCUCCAAGACCCUGCUGCUGCAGAUUGAUGAGAAUGUUCGCUUUGACCUUCAGUUUCCCCGCAAGGUCAUGGCGAAGCUGCUCGGUGAGGAAGGCAGGGUUAUUUGGCAGGAUGUUGGUCAGUCAGUGGAGGAGGAGUCGAAGGAUGUUGCGGCGUUCAGAGCGGCUUUCAAGGAAUGGGAUUUUACGCUCUAACU